AGAUACGGUAUCUCUAAUGUUAAAAGAGGCGCACCUGUUUUGGUGACGGCUUUAGAAAAUUAGAAAAUCAAUCUGACCUUCUCAAGAUCAUCGGGCUCUGUAUGGCAAUGACUGAGCAGUCUCUAGACUUCAAUGGUUGUCAAGAAGAAGAGGAGUCACUGCAGGACACGCCCGAGAACAGUAUUCCCUCUUCGUCGGUUGAGUCCUAUCGUCCCAUUCACUCACUGUUGCUAUGUCCGGCCCAAUGGAGUGCUCUAUUAGAAUCUCCCGUCUCGCUCGUCAGAGCAUCCUCCGAUGAAAUCAAUGGCAAGAAAUCCUGCACCCGUCGCUGUAGGAGAGAUGACACCAGUUUGAGUGAGGAUUCUUCAAGACCCUCUUCAGAUAUAGUCUUUGAUACGGAUCAAGAAGGGAUCAUUAUCAGUACAGAGGAACAUGUAAAUGAUGAGUCUCUCCAGAGCUGUACCAAAGACACUUUAGUAAUGAAGGAUGGAGAAGGGAUAUCAAAUAACGGCGUACAUGUAACUAAAGAGCCUGUACCAUCAAGCAGUGAAACGCCAGUCUCUCUUGACAUAAAGCAUAACAAAGAAGAGGAUAGUGCUAUUAUGUCCAGUGCUAGUGAUGAUGGUAGUAUUAGCAGGAAGAGUGACUCUUUGACAAGGCAGGACCAAAGCAUUGAGUCAGGCUCUAUCUCUUCUUCGUAUUCGUAUGAGCCUCAGACACCAGCUCACUUGCUCCCAUUAUCCACUCCAUCAAACAGUUCAUAUCAAGGUCAUUCAAGUGAGGGCACUUGUACUAUUGGUAGUGGAUCAGAGGCUGGCUCGGUGAGAGGUGAUGAAGCUCCCAGUCCUAAUGCACACGAGCGUACAUCUGUUCCCUCCACACCGAUUGAGACACGACUCCCUAGUCACUUCACUCACUCGAGGAAUGUCUCAGAAACGCCGUCUCUGCCUCCGUUUGUCUCUUCCUCUACAUCAUCCGCUUAUCACUCGAGGAACAGCUCAAUGGCUUCCCAGAUCACUUCUGAUUGUUUUGAAACCGAUAGUCAGUACACUGACAUUGACUCUGUUGUCGUGACGUAUUCUAGUGACAUCCACACUCGAUCAAUGACACUACAGGAGGCACGAUUUAAGUUCCCCGAAGUAUCAGCAAUGGAGAAGUCCAUUCAAAUGCAGCAUUACUCUAUCGGGGAUCGCAACGCCACCUCGCCUAUAUGCGUAUCGGAACAUUUAUUCAUGACCUCGCCCACUUUGGACGAGACUCUUAAGACUGGUCAAGAGUCUCCGGCGAGGAAAGGCGAACUCCCUGUUCUCCCUGAGUGUGAAGAGGGUCAGCUGUCGACUAAAGUGGCUGGCUUGAAGAGCUCAGAGUGGAUUAAAAAGGAAAUGAGAGCGUCAAGACAAAGCAUGAUACAGGUUAAAGUCUCCUCCAAGUCACGGCAUAUUGUACAUUUCAAUGUAAAAGCAGGAGAUAUGUUUCUGUGGGAAUUUGCUACUAAGAGGAAAGACAUUGCUUUUGGACUGUCCUUUGAAGCUACUGAGGUUGCCACUGAGCAACAAGAAGAGAAGAAAGAAGAGUUGCCAGAUAUGAAGAUGGUUCAAAUACUUCCUAUACUUCGUGUUAAUACGCACGUUCAUCCAAUAAUGGGAUCUCAUGCUGCUCCUCAAGACGGAGUCUAUGAGCUUCUAUUUGAUAACUCUUAUUCCAGGUUUUUUGCAAAAGAGUUGUUUUAUAGAAUCACAACAAAGCCCUCGAUUCCAAAUGAACAUUACGAAGAUCAAAUAAUAACUGAUAAUAAUGAUAAUAAUACUACUACUACUAAUAAUGAUUAAUUGUGCUGGUUACACUUAUUGUCUUCUUGCAAUGUCUCUGAUUGGUUGUGAUCAUAUUUGUCUGAUGUUUUAAAAUUUAAAUCAAUUAA